AUGUGUGUGGCCACUGGCCGUACGGCCCGCCCCUCUGAUCACCCGUUGUUGGCCUCAGUAUUAACCCGUCUAUCGAUAGGUACGGAACAGCUCUUGGCGUCACAGUUAAGCCAUAAGCAGAUCAAAGACAAGUUAGCCGUUGUGUCCGCUUAUGGCCAGAAGGCGGAGAAGUUUGUCGUCAAACAGACCGGCGUUGAUGUCUCCCAAUGGAGGCCAACCAGUCUUCAUUCAUUAGAGCCGAAGAUUCUCUGGAACCGAUCGGUGAAGAGUGUGUUCAAGACUAUAGCGGAUAUACGUGUGAAUGAAUUGAUGGCUAAAAUACAGAAAAUGGAAACAAUGACCAUCUUUUAA